GGAUCAGGUGGGUGGGGCACUGCUCGGUCAGCUGAGUGACGGUCACGGGAUUUGACCAACUCUGGUUUCCUGGAGGAGAGCUAAUAAAUGGACUGAGUGUUAAAAGUCAGUGGUCUCUUUGGCAGGAGAGGUGCUGUUCUGGAGGGUCCCAGCAAACGGAUAUGGAGAAGGAACGAGAGACACUGCAGAUCUGGAAGGAACGUGUGGGACAGGAGCUCGAUAAUGUGGUCGCUUUCUGGAUGGAGCAUUCCCAUGACCAGGAACACGGGGGCUUCCUCACAUGUCUUGGCCGCAAUGGGCAGGUCUAUGAUCACCUCAAAUAUGUCUGGCUGCAGGGGAGGCAGGUAUGGAUGUAUUGUCACUUGUACCGCAGUUUUGAGCGUUUCCGCCGUGCUGAGCUUCUGGAUGCAGCAAAAGCAGGUGGUGAGUUUUUGCUGCGUCAUGCCCGCGUGGCACCACCUGCCAAGAAGUGUGCCUUCGUGUUGACUCGGGAUGGCCAUCCAGUGAAGGUGCAGCGGACCAUUUUCAGCGAAUGUUUCUACACCAUGGCCAUGAAUGAGCUUUGGAAAGUAACAGGGGAAACACAUUAUCAGAAUGAAGCUAUGGAGAUGAUGGAUCAGAUCGUCCACUGGGUGCAGGUGGACUCAUCUGAUCUAGGCCAGACUAGGCUCUCAGGGACCCCUGCGGCAGAGGCUUUGGCAGUGCCCAUGAUGCUGCUCCACCUGGUGGAGCAGCUUGGAGAGGAAGAUAAGGCACUGACCAGCAAGUACGCAGAACUAGGGGACUGGUGUGCCCACAGGAUUCUGCAGCACGUCCAGAGGGAUGGGAAAGCUGUGCUAGAGAAUAUAUCAGAGGAUGGCAAAGAACUUCCUGGUUGCCUUGGAAGACAUCAGAACCCAGGCCACGCAAUAGAAGCUGGCUGGUUCCUGCUCCAGUAUGCCCGCAGGAAAGGUGACAUCAAACUUCGAAUGCACAUCAUUGACAAGUUUCUCUUGUUGCCUUUCUACUCUGGAUGGGACCCUGAGCACGGAGGCCUCUUCUACUUCCAGGAUGCUGAUGGUUUCUGCCCCACCCAGGAGUGGGACAUGAAGCUGUGGUGGCCACACUGUGAAGCCAUGAUUGCCUUCCUCAUGGGUUACAGUGACAGUGGGGACCCUACCUUGCUAAAGAUCUUCAAUCAGGUGGCUGAGUACACCUUCUGCCAUGUAAGUGCUAUCUCCUUGCUUCCUGGAAGCCCAGUUCAGGUUUGAAGGAUAUGACAGACAGCAGGAAAGGAAGAAAUGGGCUAUAUAAGAGGGUCCAGUAGGCUUUCCCUCAGCCACUCCUAGCCUAUUCAUCAGGUGUUACCCUCAGCUGCUCUGAGGGUACCAAGAGUGCCUUUUGUUUGGUAAAACAAGAAGCCCUGCCUCAAGGAACUCAUCUUUCUAGGUGGUCAGAUUCUAAUCAAGUAAACAAGCAGAUGUAGAGACCAAUGAGCUGUGGGAAACAAAGCAGAUGGCAAAUGAUACAGAACUUUCUUUUUUUUUUUUUUUCACUUUGGUUUUUCAAGACAGAGUUUCUCUGUGGAAAACUGUUCUGGCUGUCCUCUAACUCAUUCUGUAGAUCAGGCUGGCCUCAAACUCACAGAGAUCCACCUGCUUCUGCCUCCCACAAGUGCUGGGAUUAAAGGCGUGCACCAUCACUGUCCGGCCAGAACUUUCUUAUAGAGGGAUCAGAGAAGACCUUAUGAGCAAGGAUCCAAAGCAGUGGAGGGCAGGGUGUGUCUGUUCAACAGAAGGGAAGCUUGGAGGGUCCAGUCAGGUGAGCUCCAUGUAGCAGGAACGUCCUUGAUCUGACAGGUCCAGCAGCCUGAGCCUAGACAGGGAAUCCAACAGCUAGCAUAUCAGGCUGGUGAAUCAGCAGUUGGAACCUCCCCCAAGUGUGUGUGUGUGUGUGUGUGUGUGUGUGUGUGUGUGUGUGUGUGUGUGUGUGUGUGUGUGAGAGAGAGAGAGAGAGACAGAGACAGAGACAGAGACAGAGACAGAGACAGAGAGUAUAGGUAGGUCAGAGGACACCUUCAGGUGGUGUUUCUCAGGUACUACAUACCUUUUUGUUGAGACAGUCACUCACUAGCUAUGUUGACUAGUAGGCGUACCCUUGGGAUCAUCCUAUCUCUGUUUCUCCAGUGGUGGGAAUACAAGCGUGCUAUCCUUGUCUUUUUUUCAUAUGGGUUCUGAGACCAAACUCAGGUUCUCAUGUUUGCAAGGCACUUUUUUUUUGGUUUUUCAAGACAGGGCUUCUCUGUGUAGCAAUGGUUGGGCUGUCCUGAAACUCACUCUGUAGAUCAGGCUGGCUUCCAACUCAGAGAUAAGCCUGCCUCUGCCUCCCAAGAGCUGAGUUUAAAGGUGUUCAUCACCACUGCCAAACUAGUUUACAAGGUAUUUUACUGACUCUUGGCCCAGCAGAUGAGUUUCUGAGGCUGUUGUUGGUUGUUUUCGCUCUUUGCUCUUUUGGGGGCCUGCCACCCAGCUCCCAAAUAAAUUACACAGACACUUAUUAUUACACCUUUAAUCCC